AUGGCUAAACGAAUACGGAAUACCACCGAAAGGCAAACGAAGCGAAACCCCUUUAUUCUCUAUUCCUCCCUCACCAUCUCAUCCGAAUCCUAUUCUUCUUCACUGGGCAAGGAUGGAUGUUCUACUUCUUUAUUCUUUGCAACUCUUCUUUUCAAUUUCCACCUCUGUUGCCUCGUUUGAUCAGUUGCUGCCAUGGGUAUGGCCAUAUCAAGGCUCCUGAGGAUGCUCUUCGCGAAGCGGGAGAUGAGGAUCCUGAUGGUGGGUCUUGAUGCAGCAGGAAAGACAACAAUCCUCUAUAAGUUGAAGCUUGGAGAGAUUGUUACCACCAUACCCACCAUUGGUUUUAAUGUCGAAACUGUGGAAUACAAAAAUGUUAGCUUCACCGUAUGGGAUGUGGGAGGGCAAGAUAAGAUUCGGCCUUUAUGGAGACACUACUUCCAGAACACUCAGGGGCUUAUUUUUGUGGUGGAUAGCAAUGACAAGGAAAGAGUUUUGGAGGCCAGAGAUGAGCUACAUCGAAUGUUGAAUGAGGAUGAACUGCGUAAUGCAACACUGCUUGUAUUUGCAAACAAGCAAGACCUUCCAAAUGCAAUGAGUGUUUCUGAGAUCACCGAUAAACUUGGACUACACUCACUUCGUCAGCGCCCGUGGUACAUACAGAGCACUUGUGCCACUUCAGGCCAAGGCCUUUAUGAAGGACUCGAUUGGUUAUCCAACCAUAUCUCUAACAAGGUGUAAUCUGCAAUGCCGCUAAGUUUGUGGAAUUUCCAUCAGUGACCAAUCCAUAUUUAUGCAGAAAGUUAUCGGCAGGAGCCACAGAAAAGAAAGAUCAGAACUUCUAGUAGUGAAUGAUAAUACAGUCAUAAAUGCAGCUGUGUAUUUCAAAACCCUCCACUGAACAAUUGUAACUUUGAAAUCAGCAAGAAACCAAGUGCAGGGAAAGGGAGGAAAACUUAUAUCUUAUAAUUGACAUAAUUUGCUGUUUCUUCC